CUCUUCAAGAGUGUGUCAAAGUAAACUAGAGACAAAUAAAAAUAGAGAGUAGAGUAGUGUUCUUAUACACCCUAGACCCGUGUAUCCUUUGGGAAUCCCCAAACAGUCCCUUGGAUUUGCAGAUAAGGCAAUAAAACCUGAGAGGGAGGUAGGAGAACAGUUUUAGAGAGAAAAAGAAUGGCUUGUUUAUCAGUAGGAAGUUGGGUAUGUUCAGGAAUAGGAGGAAUUCACCGCACAUCCGCUUCUUCGCGUUCUUUACUUACUGUUACUGCUCCUUCCUCAAGAAUGACAUCUUUGAAAAUGGCCUCAACAUGCCCCGGUUUGCUUCACUGUUCUUUCCUUCCUUCUUCUCCACUCUCUACCUUAUCUGCUUCAACUUCCUUCUCUGGUUCAUCACUUGGCUUGGGCUUUGGCUUCAAUUCCAACAUUGGAGUGAGCACCACCAAAAGGCGUGGCCUGGUGGUGAUGGCAAAGAAGUAUGCUCUUUGUCAGACUAAGAGGAAUAGAUCAAGGAAGUCGUUGGCUCGAACACAUGGUUUUCGCAAGCGGAUGAGCACCACCAGUGGCAGAGCAACUAUUCAGCGCAGACGUGCAAAAGGCCGAUGGGAUCUCUGCCCAAAGUCUUCACCUAGAACUGGGAAAAAAGCUUAACAUUUAUUGUUUUCUCGUAACUGAUUUUUGUUGGUACUAUGUCAUCUUUUUCAGAAAUUUUCUUGCAGUAGGACUGCUGUAAUUUUCGUUUGUUUUAUAUAAAGAACCAACUCGCUUUUUCAGUUAUCCACCAUCUCUUUGAUCC